UUUCUCCAUAUCACUACCUCCCUUCCUCUUCUCUUCUCACAGUUAUAUUCACAAACACCUCUCUCUCUCUCUCUCUCUCUCUCUCUCUCUCUCUAAAUAUGUGGAAAUCCUUUGUAAACAGACGUUCGUGUGAUGGAGUAGAAGAAACAAGGAAACCGGCUCUUAAUGCAAAACCCAUAUACAGAGAUGAGUUAGAGAAGAAGGCAUCAAAAAAGAAGGUAGAGAAGAAGAGCUGUGUCAGUAGUACUGUUGACAAAAAGGAGUUUGAGAAGAAAAGCUAUGGCGUCAGUAGUAGUGCUGACAAAAAGAAGUUUGAGAAGAAAAGCUAUGGCGUCAGUAGUAGUGCUGACAAAAAGAAGGUGAUAACAGUUAAAUUGAGGAUGACAAAGGAAGAAGCGGCUCGAAUGUUGUCAAAGUGCAAAAAUGGUGGGUUCCUUGACUUCAAAGACGUAGCACGUGAGCUUGUGAACAUCCCACCAAAUCGUGUUAAUCUUGUGUCCUCUGAAGCUUCAAUUCGUCCAGUUCUUGAGAGCAUCCCAGAAUAGAUUUAGAUGUAUUAAUGUUGUUACUAUUGCUAGCUAGAAUUCUUCUCUUUUCCCUUUUGUUUCUGAACAUAUUCGUUAUUUUUUUAGUGGGAGAAGUGAUUGAACACUAAACUCAAUGAAGGAUCUGUAGUGUCCUCCGAAGCUACUACACAAUUCGUCCAGUUCUUGAGAGCAUCCCAGAAGAGCUUGAGAUGUAUUAAUAUUGUUGCUAUUGCUAGCCAGAAUUCAUCUCUUUUCCCUUUUGUUUCUGAACAUAUUCGUUAUUUGUUUAGUGGGAAAAGUGAUGAACACUAUACUCAAUAAAGGAUCUGUAGCGUUCAUCUCA